AAAAUAUAAAACAUUUUAAAAUCUCCGUUAAAUAUCUCUCUCUCCACUGAAUCCAACAAUCUCCUCGACGAGUUCACGAUCUCAGCUGAAUCCGCCGUAUACGUAACGGAAAGCGUCCAACCUCCAAACCUCUCGAUCCGAUAAUAUGGCCCCGCCGGUAGGACAAACGGCGGCGGUAGCAGAAGCUGCUGGCGGCGGCGAUGCUCAGCCGCAGCAGCAGCAGAGAGGGUUUGGUUCAACGGUAUCCGGAAUCAUAAGGAUCGCAGUGUUCUGGUACUUUGCUUCGAAGUUCUUUUCGCCUAAGCAGAAACCGAUGGAUCCUUCUCAGACUCAUCACCUCAUGACCAAUCUCUUCCACAAGGGUGAAUCUUUGGAUAUGUGGUUUUAUCUAUCAGAGCAAGACAAGUUCAGUGACUUCAGCAAUGAAGGUGCGCUCUAUUGGCAUGAGACUAAUAUACCUUAUGCUGUAUGGACACCAGAGAGUAUCAGGACAAAAUCACUCAAGUAUUAUCCUUCUGAGACGCUACAGAAUAACGGAAGUCUGUAUGCUCAUGUCUUCUUUGCUCGAUCUGGAUUCCCUAUAGACCCCACUGAUCCUGAAUACCAACCUCUUAAUAGCUUUAGCAGGACUCACCCUGUUGCGACUUACUUUCCAAAGCGAAAAGCAAAUAAGAAGAAGAGCCUCUUAGGUAAUGCUAAAGACUCUGAUGAAUCCCAGCCAGAGGUUGAGAAAGUUGUUGAUAAGAACUCGGAAGUCAAGGAAGAAGUCCCUGUGGAGUGGGUAUCCCUCUGGAAACCCAAUGUCACCAUUAACCUGGUCGAUGAUUUUACUCACUAUUCACAGAAUGGUGUACCACCAAACAUUGCUCCCCACUUGCUGGUAGAACCUAGCACGGGGAAUUACUAUCCUACAAUUUACUUCAAUGAGUUUUGGCUGCUAAGGGACAAGAUGAUUCCAAUGAAUGAGACAGUCUCAGAAGUACCACUUGAACUUGAAAUAAGCCCCAUUAGCAUGAUGAAGUGGCAACUCUUUCAGCAAGUUGAUCAGUCUUUCCAGAUGCAGCGUAGCUAUGGAAGCAUGCUUGAUGGUGAAUCUGACGAACUAAAGAGGGUGUUUUUGGAAGGAAAUCCCUAUCUGUUGGGCAUAACGAUGUUUGUUUCGAUGCUUCAUUCUGUGUUCGACUUCUUGGCAUUCAAAAAUGAUAUCCAGUUCUGGAACAAAAACAAAUCUAUGGAAGGACUGUCUGCAAAGUCUGUUGUACUGAACUUUAUCUGUCAGUUUGUCAUCUUCCUCUACCUGCUUGACAACGACACUUCAUGGAUGAUACUGGCCAGUUCAGGUGUUGGUGUCUGCAUUGAAUUCUGGAAAAUAGGGAAAGCCAUGCGCAUAGAGGUUGAUCGAAGUGGAAUGAUUCCAAGGUUGAGGUUCCACGAUCGUGAGUCCUAUGCAAGCAAUAAAACCAAGGAGUAUGAUGACAUUGCCAUCAAAUUCUUAUCCUAUGUGCUCCUCCUCCUUGUCGUGGGGUUAUCCAUAUAUUCUCUCGCUUACGAACGCCACAAGAGCUGGUAUUCGUGGAUCUUGUCUUCACUAACAAGCUGUGUCUACAUGUUCGGUUUCAUCAUGAUGUGUCCUCAGCUAUUCAUCAACUAUAAGCUAAAAUCAGUGGCACAUUUACCAUGGAGACAGAUGACUUACAAGUUCCUCAACACCAUUAUCGAUGAUCUCUUUGCCUUCGUCAUCAAAAUGCCGCUUUUGCAUCGGCUUUCUGUAUUCCGAGAUGAUGUGAUAUUCUUGAUAUACUUAUACCAAAGGUGGGUCUACCCUGUGGACAAGACACGUGUUAACGAGUUUGGUUUUGGAGGUGAGGAUGAAACUGCAGAGAAGAAGUUGAUCACUGAGAAAGAAGAAGAAGAGAACAAGAAAACAAACUAAGCUUCUUUCUUCUUCCUUUUAUUUAUGUGAUAGUGUUACAGUUUCUUAAAUUUUUUGUUUUGUUUUUGCUUUCGCUUUGUUUACGUUAAUGUUAACUUUCAGAAAAACAUUAAAAGAAAAACUCAUCUUUAUGA